GUGUUUCGCGAAUCGAAAAACAACGGAUACGUCAAAAUCUGAAAGUUACACGAUUCGCUGUCCUUUCCUUUCGGGUGAUAAGUUGUUUCGCAAGAGCGAAGUUUGCACAAUAAUUUAUAGAAUUUCACCGGCAUUUAGCUAGCCCGAGCUACGCACGCAGUGGUAGUCGAAAGUUUAUCGUUCCCCAACCGAAUGAAAUAAGAGUCCCUGCUGCCGAAAUGAUCCGCGCAGUGUCACGAACAAUUCGACAGCCACUUCUGCGAUGGAGUGCAAGCACUGGUGUAACCGGUCAUCAUGGAGCGAACCUGCUACACCAAACCUACAACGAAAGACUGUCCGAGGUUCAGGUCCGGUACAAAUCGACGCCCAUCAACACGGUGAUCAUGUUUGUUCCCCAGCAAGAGGCCUGGAUUGUCGAGCGCAUGGGUAAGUUCCACCGGAUCCUGGAGCCCGGUUUAAAUGUAUUACUGCCAGUCGUAGACCGCGUCAAAUACGUCCAAAGUCUGAAGGAAAUCGCUAUCGAUGUUCCGAAACAGUCUGCCAUUACUUCGGACAACGUGACGCUCAGCAUUGACGGUGUCUUGUACUUGCGGAUCUUGAAUCCCUACUUGGCUUCGUAUGGAGUUGAGGAUCCUGAGUUUGCCAUCACCCAGCUGGCCCAGACGACGAUGAGAUCCGAACUGGGCAAGAUGUCGCUGGAUAAGAUUUUCCGGGAACGUGAGUCGCUGAACAUAAGCAUUGUGGAUUCCAUCAAUAAGGCCUCCGAGGCGUGGGGCAUUUCCUGUCUUCGGUACGAAAUUCGUGACAUCAAACUGCCAAGUCGCGUGCACGAAGCUAUGCAAAUGCAAGUGGAAGCCGAACGUCGAAAACGAGCUGCCAUUCUCGAAUCCGAGGGAGUUCGGGCAGCUGAAAUCAACGUAGCCGAGGGCAAACGCCAGUCUAGAAUCCUCGCAUCAGAAGCCCAAAAGCAGGAAGAGAUCAAUCGGGCUAAUGGUGAGGCAGCGGCCCUGAUUGCUGUAGCGGACGCUCGGGCCAAGGGUCUUAGGGUCGUAGCGGAGUCCCUGAUGUCGAAGCAUGGCCGAGAUGCGGCCUCGUUGGCCGUGGCGGAAAAAUACGUCAACGCUUUCGAAAAUCUGGCCAAGGAAAACAACACGCUGAUUGUACCGUCCAAUGCGGCGGACAUUUCCGCCAUGGUCGGACAGGCCAUGCAAAUCUACAAGAGUCUCUCCAGACCCCCACAAAAGCAAAUAGAACCAGUCGAGAGCGAAGUGCCACUGGAAAGUACAAUGUAUGAAACCGACGAAGCUGCUACUUCCAAAAGGGAUACCACAAAAUUCACUGAAUAAUCUCAACCGGAGACCAGCAGAGGUUUCAAAAGUAACGUUUUAAAUAUAGAUGAAGAAGAUUGUCGAUAUGGCGCUCUAUUGGAAAGUGAAAUCGUAAUGGCGAUGUGAGUUAAUUUGGUUGACACCUGAGAAGGAAAACACUACAGGAGAAGUAUUUAAGGAGGCCCACUUAAAUGGUUGGUGUAAAUAAAGUUUAAGGUAAAACA